UUCAAAAAAGCCGGCAUAAGGCCAAUUUACUAUUCGUUUUCCGAACAUUGACUGAGAAUAAUAACAUUUGUACAUACAUACAACGAAUUAUAUCAUUGAAUGUUUGCAGAUAGUUUACUGUGCGUUAUGUGGUUUCAAAUCCAAUUGACACGUCAAUUGGAUCCAGGAUUUGUUUUACAUUACACGUUUUACAAACGUGUCAAAGGUGUCAACAUGAUAAUGAAUUAUUAACAGUCAUACUUGAGGUGUUUUCGAUACUUGUCGACAACGAUAACGAGUGUUAACAUUUUUUUCCUACGCACAACCGGUUAUACUCAUUUUCUUUUAUUCAUCUCUCAUUAAUCAUUUGACAAAAUCGUAUUUUGCUCGCGUGGCCAACUCCAGCUACCCGCGAUGUUUCUUUUCAUGAUAUAUAUGAAAUUGAAAUAUCGCUGACUGCAGCGCAAAGGUUUGAGGUUAAAUUAUUUUUUUUAUUGAAAAAAUAAUAACAAAUAAAGGAUUCUAACCUGAAAGUACUCACAAUGUCUUACUUUGAAAAUAAACACUUCACACUUCACAGUGAUCAACGAGACUUGAACAACAUGCCACGGCUCGCCAUGCUUCCCAGGACUUCCAGAAUCGUCGCUUUGUGUUCCGCUGCAAAUUUUAUCAAUGCAGCCGACAGAGUAAUCAUGCCGAUCGCCAUCGUUCCUAUGACUGAUCAAUACAGAUGGAAUCUUCACUGGCAAGGCUGGAUCUUGUCAGCGUUUGCAUUUGGCUAUUUUACAAGCCAGGUCAUCGGAGCAAGUACUGCUAAUCGAUUUGGUUGUAAGACUGUUUUGAUGUCAGCAGUUUUGCUGUGGUCGAUUAGCACGGUGAUCACACCUCUCUUGGCCCAUUCAAUACCUAUGCUCAUUAUAUGUCGAGUAAUACUUGGUCUCGGAGAAGGUUUAGGUCUUCCAGUUAUAUUUCACCUGUUUGCUCACAACGUACCAGUUGAGGAGAGAUCUCGUGCGUUUGGGUACCUUGUAGCUGCGGGAUCCGUCGGUCAAGUAGUAGCGUCGGUUAUUUGUCCACACAUGUCCUGGCCAAACGGAUUUUACUUGUUCGGGAGCCUCGGAAUCCUUUGGACUUUAUUGUGGAUGUUACUUUAUAGAGAGUCCAACACUCAAGACGAUAUACCGUUGUUUUUACCCAAAGUGGUUCAAAACCGAAAUAUGCACUGGACAGAACUGAUAACUCACUGGCCUCUUUGGGCAUUGUAUAUAGCUCAUUUUGCAAUGAAUUGGAGCAACUACAUAAUCAUGCAAUGGUUACCGACUUAUUUGGCACGAAAUUUAUCUGCCUACAAAGAAAGCAUCAGUUUAACAGCUUUGCCAUACAUUGUAAACUCGCUUGUCGGUAUUGUCGCUGGUCAUAGCGCAGAUAAUUUGAUUCAAAAAAGGUGGUCAGUCUUGUCUGUAAGGAGAUUGAUGACUAGCAUCGGCCUAAUCGGUCCAGGGGCAUUUUUGCUCGCCUUUUGCGCCGUUGACAACUUACUUGCAGCUGUGAUAUUUGUGUCAAUUUCGAUGGGACUUUGCGCUUGUAAUUCGGCAGGACAUCUCAGCAAUCACGCGGACGUAGCUCCUAAUCAUGCUGGCAUAACUUUUGCUAUAUCAAACACAAUAGCUACAAUACCUGGCAUUCUCUGUGGUCCAUUGACUGCCGAAUUAGUGACAGCUUCGCAGGGUCGAUGGAUGCCAGUUUUUGUUCUGGCAGCUGCAGUGAAUUUUACUGGUGCGAUAAUCUAUCAAACACAUAGUUCUGCUCUCCAAGUGUUAUGAGUAGUUGGAUUGUUGAAUGUGGGAAAAUGUGAUGUGCGUGAUACGAGGUAUGAAGAUGAACAAUAUGAAUGAGUGAUGAUAAACCAAGGAUAUCGCAAUAACGCAAAGAUUAUUGUAUAAAAUCGAAGUAUUUUAUCACCUCAGGCAUACCAAGGUAUGUAUAGAUUUAAUCUUAGACCAAAAUUAUCUAAAUUUAUGACGAUAUGAGAAUUCGUACGAAUCUUAUCGAUUAUUUCCAUGCGUACACAAAUGUUAUUAUUAUUCUUUUUUAAUUCAUAAUUCUGAAUAAAGGUAUAUAUACUUUAUGUAAAUAUAUA